UCGCGCCGGAAGCGCCGCUCAAGAGGCCCCGUGGCUGGCGGUGAGUAUGGCUGGGUUUGCGGAGCUGGGGUUGUCAUCGUGGCUUGUGGAACAAUGUCGGCAGCUGGGUUUGAAGCAGCCCACACCCGUGCAGCUCGGAUGCAUCCCCGCCAUUUUGGAGGGUCGGGACUGCCUGGGCUGUGCCAAGACAGGCAGCGGCAAGACAGCAGCUUUUGUCCUACCCAUCUUGCAGAAGUUGUCUGAGGAUCCCUAUGGUAUCUUUUGCCUCGUGCUGACACCCACCAGGGAACUGGCCUACCAGAUUGCUGAACAGUUCCGGGUUCUGGGGAAGCCUCUAGGCCUGAAAGACUGCAUCAUUGUCGGCGGCAUGGACAUGGUGGCCCAAGGCUUGGAGCUCUCCCGGAAACCACAUGUAGUCAUUGCCACGCCAGGGCGCCUGGCUGAUCACCUCCGCAGCUCCAAUACCUUCAGCAUCAAGAAGAUUCGCUUUCUGGUGAUGGACGAGGCAGACCGCCUGCUGGAGCAGGGCUGCACAGACUUCACUGUGGACCUGGAGACCAUCCUGGCAGCUGUGCCAGUCCGCAGGCAGACACUGCUCUUCAGCGCCACGCUGACUGACACACUCAAGGAGCUACAGGGCUUGGCCACCAACCAGCCCUUCUUCUGGGAGGCUCAGGCCCCGGUACGCACGGUGGAGCAGCUGGACCAGCGCUACUUGCUGGUGCCUGAAAAAGUCAAAGACGCCUAUCUGGUCCACCUGAUCCAGAGCUUCCAGGAUGAGCAUGAGGACUGGUCCAUCAUCAUCUUCACCAACACAUGCAAAACCUGCCAGAUCUUAUGCAUGAUGUUGCGCAAAUUCAACUUUCCCACCGUAGCUCUGCACUCCAUGAUGAAGCAGAAAGAACGUUUUGCUGCCCUGGCCAAAUUCAAGUCCAGCAUCUACAGGAUCCUGAUUGCAACAGAUGUUGCCUCCCGGGGCCUAGACAUUCCCACAGUGCAGGUGGUCAUCAACCACAAUACCCCCGGGCUCCCCAAGAUCUACAUCCACCGAGUUGGCCGGACAGCCCGUGCAGGGCGACAAGGCCAAGCCAUCACGCUAGUGACGCAGUAUGACAUCCACCUGGUCCACGCUAUCGAGGAGCAGAUCAAGAAGAAGCUGGAGGAGUUCUCAGUGGAGGAGGCUGACGUGCUGCAGAUUCUUACGCAGGUCAACGUGGUGCGGAGGGAGUGUGAGAUUAAAUUGGAGGCAGCCAACUUCGAUGAAAAGAAGGAGAUCAAUAAGCGGAAGCAGCUGAUCCUGGAGGGGAAGGACCCAGACCUGGAGGCCAAGCGCAAGGCAGAACUGGCUAAGAUCAAGCAGAAGAACCGGCGCUUCAAGGAAAAGGUGGAGCGAACACUGAAGCAGCAGCAGGCUGGCAGAGCUGGCCGAGGGGGACAUUUACCCAAGCCCCAGCCUAAGAACCGCUCAACCCAGGGCCUGGCCUGAGUCCACAAGUGCUUCUUAGGACUCCUUCCUGGGAGACAGCAGCCUGCCACCCCAGCCUGCCAGCUCCCCAGCAGCUCCUACAGACAGCUCCAUCAUGCAAAGUACAGCUCACCCUAUGGCCCCUAUUGGCCGCUCUCCAAAGCCCUGGGAAGAGUCAGACCUCGGAGAAGGCAAGGAAGCUGGCUGUGGCCAGUCCCUUCCUGGAGAUGCAGUGGGACUCAGAACAACAAAGCUAUUUGCAAGAGGCACUCAAUAAAUGGAUCUUUUGAUGUC